AUGUCCUUGGAGGCGCUAUAAACAACACAAGCAGCAGACAAGUUAAAGUCGCCAGCCAGUGUGCGUUUGUCUUCCACCAAUUCAUCUGCGCUUCCAGCAAUGGCCCUGCUGAAAUCCACCAAGAUUUUGACUAGUGUAGGGGCUCAGGCCCCUGUUUUAGCAGUCCUACAGCUCCGUGCAAGCUCAUGGUGGACUGAGGUACAGAUGGGACCCCCUGAUCCCAUCCUGGGUGUCACAGAGGCUUUUAAGCGUGACACCAACCCCAAGAAGAUGAACCUCGGAGUAGGAGCUUAUAGAGACGAUCAGGGCAAGCCAUUUGUUCUGAGCUGUGUCCGAAAGGCUGAGGCCCAGAUUGCUGCUAAGAAGUUGGAUAAAGAGUACCUUCCUAUUGGAGGGUUGGCAGAAUUUUCAAAGGCCUGCGCUCAGCUGGCUCUUGGACCUGAUAAUGAGGUCUUAAAGAGUGGAAGAAACAUCACCGUCCAGACUAUCUCAGGAACUGGAUCGCUACGUGUUGGUGCUAACUUUGUGUCACGAUUCCACAAUGCGUCCCGGGACGUGUACCUGCCUAAACCCUCCUGGGGAAACCACACCCCUAUCUUCAGAGAUGCAGGCAUGCAGCUAAAGGCCUACUCCUACUAUGACCCCAAAACCUGUGGCUUUGACUUUAAAGGAGCCUUGGAUGAUAUUUCAAAAAUCCCUGAGAAGAGUGUGAUUGUUCUGCACGCGUGCGCUCAUAAUCCCACAGGUGUGGACCCAAGGCCCGAGCAGUGGAAAGAGAUGGCCGCUCUGAUCAAGAAAAGAAAUCUCCUGGUGUUCUUUGACAUGGCUUACCAGGGAUUUGCCAGUGGUGACAUUGAUCGGGAUGCUUGGGCUGUGCGUUAUUUCAUUGAGCAGGGGCACAACGUUCUUCUGUCCCAGUCUUUUGCUAAGAACAUGGGCCUGUAUGGUGAGCGUGUAGGGGGCUUCACGGUGGUCUGUAAGGAUGCUGAAGAGGCUAAGCGUGUGGAAUCCCAGCUGAAAAUUCUCAUUCGGCCCAUCUACUCCAACCCCCCUAUGAAUGGAGCUCGUAUCGCCUCCACCAUUCUCAACACGCCUGAACUCUACAAAGAAUGGCUCGUGGAGGUGAAAGACAUGGCCGACCGCAUCAUUAAGAUGAGGGAGAUGCUUGUGUCGAACCUGAAGAAGGAGGGCUCCACUCAAAACUGGCAGCAUGUCACUGACCAGAUCGGAAUGUUCUGCUUUACGGGACUCAAACCGGAGCAGGUGGAGCGUCUGAUUAAAGAAUUCUCUAUAUACAUGACAAAAGACGGCCGGAUCUCUGUGGCUGGUGUGACGUCUGCAAACGUGGGAUAUCUAGCACACGCCAUCCAUGCUGUUACCAAGUGAAGCUGGCUGCUGAAACUGUAGUUUCAGCAGACAGAGAGCAAGAAAAAGUCAUUUAAAUGAUUUAAAGUCUUCUGCUGCAUGUCUUUUAGGACCAGAUAUGAAAUAGGACUAAUGUAGACUUCCAGUUCACUUGAUUUGGUAUUAUUAAUGUUAAUUCAUGACUCUGAAUGUGAGAAAAUCAAUAAAUGAAGGCAGGAUUCUUCCUUUCAAAGUGAUAAAAACAAGCUUUAAAGGAUAUCGCUUAUCAUGAUUUCCUGUGUCAGAACUGAUAAGAAUGUCUUUUUUUUUUAUGGUACAAAAUGUUCAGAUAGAACAGUUAAUGACAUUUUAAAAAUCAUGUUUUUGUUUUCAAACCAAUAACUAAAUAAGAGUGAUUGAAAAGUUACCCCAUAUGCUUUAGAGAAAUCAUUGAAAGGAGUAAACCAGAUUUCAUGUUUGGACAUUAAUUGUAAAAUCUUUGAAGGACUGUAACCAGUUUAACAUGGUCAUUUCACCUAGAGGAGCAUAAACCAUUACACUUAUCAAACUGAUGAUUCGGCAUCAAAGGUCUUCUUGAGCCAUAACACAUUCUUAGACAUGUUUAUGACUGUAAGGCACUUAUUCUAUACUGCAGCGUAAGCUCAUUAUUAGUAAUGAUAGAUUGUCCAUAAUGUGUGCACCACAUGUGUUCUGGUGUAAUUUAAUAUACAUUUAUCUUGCACUUUUGUCUAGAAGUUCCAAAUGUCACACACAGAUCAUUUCAAAAAUCAUUAGGCAUUCACACUAAUUUUGUGUUUUGUCCUGGCCAUAAAACUCAUAUGUCAAACUUUUUUUUUUUAAAUUGUCACUGCAUCUGUGGACAAAAUCGAAUUAAGAUUCAUUUUGGAAUGAAAACUGAACAAAGUAUAACUGAUAUUUCAGUAGUUAAUUGAUGCUUUAAGAAAAGCUUUACGUGUUUAGUGUGUGGAUGUUGAUAAUGUUGAACAUGCCAUGUUUGUACGGAUUAUUCAGGUUUGAAAAACUGUUCAAAUAUAUAUAUUUGUAUAACUAAUAAUUGUGUUCCUAAAGCAAAUUUAUGAAAUUUCUCCCGAAGUUCUCCGGAAUAGACAUCGAAAUGUCACGAGUAAUACUGUAUGACUCUGUUUAAACAAUGAACAAAAGAAUAAAGGUGAGCUCAACGAAAA